UAGCUGUUCUGGCUCAAGCAAGUUUGGCUCAGGCCGUUUAGUCACAAGUUCGGGGUAGCUGUCGACCCAUGGCUGCUGCUGCGUCAAGGGCGCUCAGAUGGCGGCGGGAAGUGCGCGCUGCAGAGCGUCUGCUCGUGUUGGUGCUCAUAUCAGCCCUUGCACGGCUGAGACUACCCCGGGAGGCUGCUUUUGUCGCGCCAGGUGGCCAGGCUCGGCACCGUCCUGGGCACGGGAUCUCCUGGGGUCGUGCGCAGCACCCGAGAGCCUUCGCAAUCGAGGGAACGCGGCGGGAUGACGGCAUUUUGGGUAGGCGUCCAGGACUCAUUGCAGCCGUCUUGACGCUGUCCUGGCCAGACGUUGCCAGUGCCGAGGGGGGGCCGCCCGCGAGCGGCGUCGCGAGCAUGAGCCGAGCAGACAUCGACAGAGCCGCGGCCUCGCUGGACCCGUUUCAGCGCUACGUCCUCUUCGGCGCUGGCACCGAGCUCCCCUUCACGGGGAGGACCGUCAACGGUUAUGCCCACGACAACAGGGCGAGCGGAGUCUACGCCUCGCCCGUGAGCGGAGCUGCGCUCUUCUCCUCGGCCGCCAAGUAUGACUCGGGCACUGGCUGGCCGAGCUUCUGGGCGCCCAUCAGCGCCCAGCGCAUCACCGAGCGCGUCGACCCGAGGGACCGCGAGAUGCGGCCAGAUCUCCCACAGACAUGGCGCGUGGAGGUGCUGGACUGGGCCUCGGCGACGCACCUCGGCCACGCGUUCCCUGACGGCCCCGAGCCGACAGGCAAGCGCUACUGCCUGAACGCCGCAGCCUUGAAGUUCUUGCCAGGAGACGCGCCAGAGGCCGACCCUGCGCAGGCGCGGUGGAGCCGGGCGCUCUUGGAGGAGCUUCUGCCUCCGGCGGCGCCUGGAGCUUCGAAGCCUGACCUGUGAGUGCUCUCCGCGUGGACCAGCGUGGCGGCGCGUAGGGCUUCCGCGAGUGGAGGCCUCUUGGUCCGCCACGUCGUGGCAGGGUCUCGGGCGGAAGGCCUGGCCCGCCCUGCCGACACCUUCCGUGGAGUGCUCUCCUGCUGGAGGCAGGGCCCCAGAGAGGAGAGGCGUGCCAGGGCGUCACGGGCUAGAGAACGGCGGCCGAGAGCAGCGACAGAACAGGAGCAGGAGACGAGAAGA